UGGUUAAUUGCUUAGGUUGCUACCAGCUUGAAGUUGUACCUGGGGGUGAGUUCCGUGUGGCCUAUGAAGAAGCAAUGAAGUAUGGGGGAAAGGUGAUACUUGGUGACUGUCCUGUGCAAAUAACAUUGGGAAGAACAUGGGCAAAAAUGCAGCUUUGGCACAAAACAAAAUUCUUGUCCUCCUUGUUAUUCCAAGCAUUAUUUUUACCGAACACGGAAGACCUCAACAAGAUGUUGAAGGAAAUGGAUGAUGUCGAUAUGUUGACUCUUGCAAUUCAGGAAAUGAGCAAGCGCUUCCCCACUCUUUGGACUACUCUAGUUCAUGAGCGAGAUCUGUAAGUGCCUCUAACUUAAAUACAUCCCACUAAGCGUGUGACUAAAAUUCUCUUCUGGCCCUACCUCUCUUCCCCACUCCAUCUCCUUUUGUCUGUACGGUCAAAUUUGUUAUGCUGCCUGCCUUAGUUGUAUGCAAUACUUGGUUUCUUUAUCUGGCUUAUGUCUAAAACCAGACACUUGUCAUUAAGUCCUGAAGAGUGUUAUAUUAGAUUUAGAGAGCUUGUUGGAUGUAAGCCCUUCAAAAUAGAACUCAGAAAAUAAUCUGAUUAAUUAUUCAACAUAUUCGAAAAGUAUGUUGUGUCUAGCUAUUUGGCUUU